ACCCAAACUCAAUGGUUUUUUUUUUUUUUUUCUUUUGAGAUUUCAACAAAUUAGGGUUAUGAAAAGCUGUACAGCUUGAGACAACUGUUAUUAUUAUGAUUAUUAUGCAUAAUUAUAAUAAUUAUUAUAAUAACAAUGGAAACAAUUUAUUAAUUUUUUGGGGGACCGUUAAUAAAAUGUUUCAAUAUGUUUUUUAGUUGUCGUUUUGUCUUAUUUUUUGUCUCUUGGGAUUUCUCUUGUUUUAACGCAGAGUAGAACAUUUGUCCGAAGCCAAUUAAGCCUUUUAAAAAAAAAAAAAAAAAAAAACCCAAGUUUUUUUCCUUUUCCCCUAUAAAUCUCCUAUAUCUUCUCUUUUUGUUCAAUCUUACCUAAAACAGUUGAUCUAAACAAUAUUGAAAGCUGAGCAACCAUGGGUGGUUGUGCUACCAAGCCCAAGGUUUUGAAGGGUGACGAACCGGAGAUCCCUGCUCCAGCACCGUCGAAAGAGGCGGUUCCCGAACCAAAGGAGGCUGCUCUUGCUGUUGCUGCUGAUGGUGAAAAGAAGGUGGAAGCUGAUGAGGUUGCUAAGGAUAAAGAUGUUAUCGAUGAUGAUGCCAUUGAUGAUCAAUCAAACAAGAGACGAUCUCUUAGUAACUUGUUCCAAGAGAAAGAAAAGGGGACAACUGAGAGUGAAACCACACCAUCAGAGCCAACGAAAAAUGAAACACCGGAGCCAGCGCUACAAGAAUCUCCGGAAACAGCUAAACAAGAGUCGUUGGAGCCUGUGUCUGUUCCUCCCGGGAACAUAGAAUCAGCUCAAGCAUUGCCCGACGCAGCAGCAACAACAGCAGCAGCAGCAGCAGUUGUGAAUGUACCGGAGACACAAAGCAAAGAAACGUCAGCUGGCGAAAAGAAAGAUGAGAUGCUAGCAAACUGAAGUAUGAGCAGUAAUGUUGAAUUAGGUGUGUGAUAUAAUUGGAAGAAAUGAAAAAUCCUACUACUAGGAGGGAAAGCUGCUGUAUAUGUUUGUCAUAGAACCAAGUAAUUCACUUGGUUUAUGGACAUCUUUUGGGUGAACUUGUAUUUUGUUGUUCUUGAAACAUUUAUUAUCUUUUCUAAGAAUUUGUUCUUGGAUAUCGUUAUCCUACUUGUUCAUAUGGGAUCCUUAGAUUGAAAAUAUGUUCAAUGAUUCAGUUCAUGCAGCAGAACCCUGUUUUAAGAGUUUUGAUGUUUGGCUUCCACAAGUUGGCUUGUAAUUGUUUGUAUGAGAAUGUGGGUGUUCAUUUCUUUGUAGAAUUUUUCUUUGCCAUUGCUUGUUCUGGUUACUAGAAAAUAAGAAAUUAUGUGCUGUUAUUUUACAAAGAAA